AUUUGUGCGUUUCUUCUGUUCAGUUGAAGUGUAUGUAGUGUUUCUCGAGAGGGAACUGCUGAAGUAUCUCUCGCGAUGUCUGACAGCGAAGGUAGCUACAACAGCGAUUCUGACGCUUCUGGCGAUGAGCGUGGAAGCGUGAAAUCGAAUAAAUCCGGAUCGCGUUCCGGAUCUGGGUCACCUGCGAGGUCUGCCUCUGGUUCCCCGCAAUCUUCCAAAUCGAGAUCGAAAUCUCGGUCUAAGUCUAGAUCCAAGUCCCGUUCGCGCUCACGUUCCCGAUCGCGCUCGAAAUCCGGCUCUGGAUCUGAAUCUGAGGACGAAGACGAGUACGACGAAGAAGAGGAAGAAGACGAGCGUCCUAGGAAAAGGAAUAAGAUCCGGAGUUCUUUCAUCAUCGAUGAAGCUGAAGUCGACGAAGAAGGAGAUGAUGACGAUGAAGAGUGGGAACAAGGUGCGAAAGAGAUUUUGGCGCGAGAUGAUCGUGAACGAGGACCUACGGCGAGGGAAAUUGAAGGAAAUCGCCGUUUACAACACCUGUGGGAAAACAAAGAAGCUGAUGAAAUCGCCAAUUAUUAUCGCAUGAAGUACGCCGAUGAUUCAACAACAAACUUGUUCCGCGAUGGAGGCGAUGAGCUGCAGGACGACAUUGCCCAGCAAACUCUUCUACCUGGUGUUAAAGAUCCUAACUUGUGGAUGGUCCGCUGUCGUCUAGGAGAAGAAAGAGCCACCGUGCUCCAAUUAAUGAGGAAAGUGAUAGCUUUUCAAUCUACGAACGAGCCUUUGCAGAUCAAGUCUGCAAUAGCUCCUGAGCACGUGAAGGGAUACAUAUAUAUUGAGGCCUACAAACAGACCCAUGUGAAGAACGUCAUCGAGAAUAUCCGAAGCUUGAGCAUGGGUGCGUGGAAACAGCAGAUGGUUCCCCUCACGGAGAUGACAGAUGUAUUGAAAGUCGUCAAGGAGACUGCCCCUUUGAAACGGAAUGCUUGGGUUCGCCUAAAACGUGGAUUGUUUAAAGAAGACCUUGCUCAAGUUGAUUACGUUGACACGCCGCAAAACACGGUUCACCUCAAGCUGAUUCCCCGCAUUGAUUAUUCUCGCUUGAGGGGCGCAUUAAGGACGAAUACUGAUGAAGACGAAAAUAAGAAGAGAAAGCGAAUUGCUGUUAAGAAACGACCACCUCCGAAAUUAUUUGACAAAGAUUCGAUCCGUGCAAUAGGUGGCGACAUUGCCCAUGAUGGCGAUUUCAUGGUUUUCGAAGGAAACAGAUAUUCGACGAAAGGAUUCCUGUACAAGAAUUUCAAUAUGAAUGCCAUUAUAUCUGAAGGUGUCAGUCCAACUUUGGCAGAAUUGGAAAAGUUUGAAGAAGCUCCUGAAGGCGUUGAGAUUGAUUUGAAUGCGCUGUCUGCAAGCAAAACUGGAUCAGCUCCAUCACACAGGUUCUCUACCGGUGACGUGGUCGAGGUGUGCGAAGGUGAAUUGAUUCACCUUCAAGGGACAGUUCGUAACGUCGAUGGGAAUAAGAUAACCAUCGAGCCAAAACAUCAAGAGCUAAAGGAACCAUUGGAGUUUCAAGCUUUCGAGUUGAAAAAGUACUUCAAGGUGGGCGACCACGUUAAAGUAAUCGCGGGUCGCUUUCAAGGUGACACUGGACUGAUCGUUCGGGUCGAAGGGUCCAUGGUAGUUUUGUUCUCUGAUUUGACUAUGCAUGAGUUGAAGGUUUUAUCCCGAGAUCUACAAUUAUGCACGGACAUGGCGACAGGAGUGGACUCACUUGGCCAAUUCCAAUACGGGGAUUUAGUACAGGUUGAUACUCAAACGGUUGGAGUCAUUAUUCGAUUGGAAAAGGAGCAGGUCGAAGUUUUGAACAUGCUUGGUAAAGUCAUGCGCGUUAAGCCUCAAACUCUUUCGUUGAGGAAAAGUUCGCGAUUUGCGAUGGCUUUGGAUGCGGAUUCAAACUCGAUCCAGGCAAAAGAUAUUGUCAACGUAACUGAUGGACCCCAUAUCGGCAAGAAAGGAGAAAUCAAGCACAUCUACCGAAACUUCGCAUUUGUCCACAACAGGCAGCACAUGGAGAAUGGCGGUUUCCUUGCUUGUAAAGCGCGCCAUGUACAGCUGGCUGGCGGGAAUAGGGCUCCCAUGAGUGGAGCAGCAGCUGGCGGUAUGUCCCCGAGUGUCAACAUGAGUCCAAGAUUGUCUUCCCCGGCGCAUCCCGGUGUUCCACGUUCACCGAGUCUGGGCGGGAUGACGCCGAACCGCGAUGGCGGAGCGACUCCGCGUGCUGGUGGCGGCGGCGGCGGCGGUGGUGGCGGCGGAGGAGGUCACGGAGGUUUCAGAGGCGGCCAUCAGCGAUCUACCCGUGAUGGCAGACUCAUUGGCGCAACGGUGAAAAUCAACAAGGGUCCGAUGAAAGGUCACGUUGGUAUUGUCAAAGAUGCCACGGAAGAAAUCGUCAAAGUGGAAUUGCACGCGAAGUAUCAAACCAUUUCCGUGGACAGGAACCGCAUAGAAACAGUUGCAUCUGGAGUGGAUGCCGGUUCGGGCGGUAUUUCUUCGUAUUCUCGCACGCCGCAAUACGCUGGCGGUCAGACGCCGAUGUACGCGGGUGCCGGCGGCAGGACACCGAUGUAUGGAUCUGCUACACCAUCUUACGGUGGUGCGACGCCUCGUUACGGUGGCAGUGCGGCUUCCGAAGGUGGAAGGACACCGGGUUCGGGUGGAAUUUGGGAUCCUACUGUGGCUAAUACACCGGCCCACGAAAUGAUGGACGAUUUUGGGUACGGAGCUGGGGAUGACGACGGGCCGAAUACUGGUGUUCCGUCACCUUCUCCGUCUUCAUCUGCGCAUUCUACGGGAUAUUCUUCAUCGACGGCGGGGUCGAGAGGACUCGCCGGUUUGGACGCUUAUCAACCAGGGACUCCUGCUGGCUCGCAGUAUACUUCGGAUCAUUCGUAUUCGCCGUACAAUGUUGCCGACACCCCCUCACCAGGCGUUGCUUACCAAGCUUCACCAGGAGGCUCGUAUUCAUCACCGAGCCCUGGAGGAAAUUACUCGAGCUCUCCUUCUCCCGGUCAUAGCUACAGCACGCCAUCUCCGAUGAUGUAUUCUUCUUCACCGGUGACACCGGGAAGCAGUGGUUCUCCAUACAAUCCUCACACGCCGAAUGCUGCCGUUGAUCCGUUAGCCUCUCAAGAUUGGUACACGACUGAUAUAGUUGUACGUAUCAAAGAAACUCAUCGAGACAUGCGAGUCGCUGGUCAGAUCGGGAUCAUCACUGGGAUUUCGGCCGGAAACUGCACCGUGUUGUUGGAAUCGGAGGAUAGAACCGUCAACGUUUUGGGUGAAAAUUUAGACCCCGUGUUACCGACCCGAGGCGACCGAGUGAAGUUUCUUGUCGGUGAAGAUCGCGAAACCACUGGAGUUCUAUUGUCAAUCGAUGCCCAAGAGGGAGUCGUCAAGAUGGAUAACUCGGAAGAGAUUAAGAUGAUUCCCCUAAAUCUUCUGUGUAAAAUGCGGAAGUAG